CGCUGCCGAGCUUGAGCUUGAAUGGCUUCUUGCUAGUUCCAGCCUGAGGUGGCACGUCACCGCUUUUUUUGAGCCCGAAUGAGAUCUUGGAAGUGCCGGUCUGCAUUUCUUUCGAUGGAAAGCUGUCAAAAGCUGCCCGUUCGAAGCUUUAGUCCCGCAUCAAUCUCCCAGUGAAGCCCGACUGUUCGCCAAGUGCAGACCGUUCAAGAUCGGGGUCCGGCUUGUGAAGAAUUAGUCGAAUGCAUCAUGCACGAUGGAAAGUCAGCCUGAUAACAGCCCUCCGAAAUUGAACGACCGAUCAAAAAGAGUCGAACGCUGAGUUCAGCGUUUAGGUCCCCUUGGAACCUUCACUUUCCAAACCUACCUAGAUCCAACCUCUCUUCCCACCCGUUGACCUCAAGAUAGCGUACCGACAGCUCUGACAGAAACGACGCAAUGUCAGAUACUCUCGAACAACUCAUGUUGCAGGGAGCGGCCUCCAAGGGGGACGGCUACGGCCCGGAGCGUCGAAUCAAUGGCGACCCUUCAGAGGACUCGGACGUCUCGGUGCCCAACACUGACGAUGAACUCGGAUCAGAUCUCUCAGGGAACGAGGAGUGGGGAGACAGAGAAUUCGCUGCCAAGGACGUGCACGGGGGGACCGGCGGCAGUGCACGUCGAGGGGCUCCGUCAACUCGCACCGGUCCCAAAGGUGUGAUCCAUGACAGACAGGUGCAAGACACUAUUGACAAGGCCAAGAGACAGGCCCAAGUAAAUGCAAUCAACCGGCGCCUGGAAUGCAUGGCGCUGACGACAAAUACUUGGGAAGAAGACGAGAAGCAAAGGAAGUCAGACGCACGCAACCGUGCAGAUGGCGCAAACAAGCAGGCCGAGAAGCCCAGUGGAGAGAAUCGAUGCGGUCAGCAGGCGUCCAUCGAAGAGCUUGCUGCGCGAGAGAGGAGACGCGAGCAAAGGAUGAACGAGAUCAAAGCCCAGGUGGCUGCCAGAUCAUUGGGAGGGUCUAAAGUCGUGCGUGGACCGAAUACGUGGUUUGGUCAUCUGCGGGAGGUGGAUGCGCGCGGCUACGUGGAUGCGAUAGAUCGUACAGAAGACGGCACGUUUGUCGUCAUUCACAUCUAUUCGAAGCGGAUUGUGGCAUGUACGAAGAUUUCUGCAGCGCUCACAUCCUUAGCGCGGCAAUACCCACAAACGAAGUUUCUGCAGGUACAGGCCACGAAGAUCGAAUUUGGAUGUUCAGCAGAAGAGAAUGGGGUCAGUGGCGAAUGGGAAGAUGACGAGGACGAGGAUCGGGAGGAAAGCAGCUCACGGCGAAGGCUCCGCGAGUUGGAGAUGGACGAGCAAGCUGCUGAUGUGCUGCCAACCCUACUGGUCUACCAGGCGGGUCAGCUACUCUAUAAUCUAGUACGAAUAGACUUGGACGACGAUUGGGGAAAAGGAGAAGAGAGAGAUAUCCGAGAUGCUUUGCAAAGCCGCGGCGUCUUGCGUGAAGACAACGAAGAGCGUUAUGUACUCUAUAGCGAUGAGGACGGAAGCGAUGACUGAUGCUGCAUUUAACCGAAGAACAUUGUUC